AUGGGCACUGAUUUCCAGGGUAUACCCAGUCGGUCUAGUCAACAGCCCACUCGCACCACAGCAAGACCCAAGAAAAGAGCUGUGGCCUAUUUGGAGCAACUUCUGAAAGAUAGCCAAGAGCUACAUGACCGACGACAUCGUUUGAAACAGGAAAGCCGCUCAAACAGACAAGAGCAGAGCUCUGGUUCCCAGCAAGUCUAUGGGGAUGCAGCCACUGAGAACACUGAGCCCCUGCUACAGAGUAAUCUCCCUGGUGAUAAGCCGUGGUUUCAAUCCAAUGAUGCAUCAGUGGUCCCCCUUUACAUCAGCGAGGCAACUUGCGCUGCUUUUGCCACUCGUCUAUGCCAGUCCUUGAAAGGGACCAACACGCCAACACCUCACCUUCCAAGAUCGCGUUAUACUGACGAGUCCGCAAUAUCAUCUUUACUUCACAUAGACGUACAAUGGCCCGGCCUUGUGAGUGCCCAGCUGUUGGUAAAGACUGCACUUGGCCACAUCAUCCCAUCUUUCCAUUUGGCAUUGAAGAAAGACACAUUGGACAUGCUCCAUGGCGUCUAUCAGAGAGGCGACUUCGAUAAUCCAAGUAUCCAGUGCAAAUACUUUGCUCUUUUUGCCAUUGCUCAAGUUUUUUCAACUCCUCAUGAUCUUUCCGACACGUCGAAUGUACCUGGCUUGGCCUAUUUUGCCAAAGCAUGGAGCCUCAUUCAGAUCGUUCCCGAGAGACCAAGCAUGAUUCAUAUUGAAAGUCUGCUCUUGAUUGCCAUCUACUGCCAAUUCUUGAACCGCUUUCACUCCGCCUACGUUUUGAUCGGAAAUGCAUUACGACUCGGCCUCAGCAUAGGCCUAAACUAUAACAUCCCACAAAGCCAAAAUCUACACCCAGUAGCACGAGAACACCGCAUCCGGAUAUGGUGGACCAUCUACGUGCUUGACCGAUUCUGGGGCUCAAAGUCGGGAUUCCCUGUGCAAAUUCACGACGAGGAUAUACAUGUCGACCCACCGUCCAUUUCGGCGUCUGAGAUAUACCAUGAUCAAUUUUUGGAUGGCUCUUACCAGGUGGCAGCAAUAGAACUUGCCAAAAUUAUUGGUGACACAACAGGAGAGAUAUAUUGUCGGAAGAUUUCAGCCGAGACCUUCUUACAUCGCGAACAGAAGCUUUUGACUCAAUUGAAACAGUGGGUUCAGUCUCUUCCUGAGCACCUGAGGCUCAGUACAGAAAGGCCAAACCCGAAACACACGGUUCAGAUGCAUCUUCAGUUCAAUUUUUGCGUAAUCCUGGCAAUUCGACCAGUCCUCCUCCAUGUCCUCACCUUAAAAAUGAGAGACCAAACUAACCAGUCUAUGGAUUCCAUUUCACCCAUCCUGGUCACGUUAAGUGAGGCAUGUAUACACGCAGCAAGACACUCGCUAGCAUUAUGUGUGAAUGAAUGGACCGGCGGAUCCCUGGCAAUAUUUGGCUACUCAUUUCCUGCCUACCUCUUCUCUGCCGCAUUAAUCCUGGUGAUUUCGAGUCUUCUGCCACUCGGUGAUCCAAGCGAUUUAACUUCGGCCGAAACAGCAACGGAAAUCCUCAAGAAUCUCAGCUUAUCCGAUAAUCUCGCGUCAAGGGACCUAUACGAACGCAUGCAGCGCGUGCGCCGGUGUCUUCACGAUAGCCAAAUAUACUCUGCAUCGGCACUUUCUCACGGUGCUGUGGACAAUGUUGCCAAUUUGUUGCCGAUGGCUGAAGAAUCGGAUUCUGGUUCAUUACGACCACACCGAAGUUCGAACAAUCUCCAAUCCUCCAUGGGUCCUCUGGAAGACCUGGGUCAUCCACUCUUUGAAUCGAAUGUCCCAUAUCUCACCACGGAAAUGGCUCUGCAUCAACCAACCAUGCUGGAUUUCCUGACUCAGUCUCAUGUGGACUUUGGACUGCUUGAUUCAGUGGAAAUGUUCAAUGAUUUCGAUUUAGCCUUUUCAAUGUCUGUCAAUUGA